AUGACAUCUCACACCAGUGUUCAGUUGUCGGCCCAACCGGAUUUUUACAGCCUUUUGGAGAUGAAGUUUGCGUUGUGUUGUUUGGCAUUAAUUGCCCUCAUUAUCAACAGCGAGUCCGCAUCUAAAGAUAGGUUCAAUCAAAAGUAUCGAGUGGUAUGUUAUUGGGGCUCCUGGUCUUUCUAUAGGCCUGGCGAUGGAAAGUUCGAGGCCGAGAGCACUAACCCUCUGGUGUGCACUCAUCUCGUCUAUGGGUUUACAAAACUAAAUCCCGACAACACUAUCGGUAUAUUCGACAAAGACUUAGACACUGGCGAUACUGACUGGCAAAGUGGUCUCGAAUGGGGACACGGUUUGUGCUCU